AUGACAGUGGUGCCCGGGGAGAACCUGGAUGAGACUGUGGCACUGGCCGCCCUGUCCCAAGAUGUCUACGACCCCGAGAGAGCGGACCAGGAGUGCUGCGAACGGGUGGUCAUCAACAUCUCCGGGCUGCGCUUCGAGACUCAACUGAAAACACUCGCGCAGUUCCCAACCACCUUACUUGGGGACCCCAGGAAAAGAAUGCGUUUUUUUGACCCACUGAGAAACGAGUACUUCUUUGACAGAAAUCGUCCAAGCUUCGAUGCCAUCCUUUAUUACUACCAGUCUGGUGGCAGACUACGGAGACCUGUCAACGUCCCCGUGGACAUAUUCAUGGAGGAGAUCAAAUUUUACGAAUUAGGGGACGAUGUGAUCGAAAAUUUCAAAGAGGACGAGGGGUUCAUAAAGGAGGAAGAACGCCCGCUGCCUGAAAACGAGUUUCAGCGCCAGGUCUGGCUCCUGUUUGAAUACCCGGAGAGCUCAGGACCAGCCAGGGGUAUAGCAAUAGUUUCAGUUUUGGUCAUUUUGAUAUCCAUUGUCAUAUUUUGUUUAGAGACGCUACCGGAAUUCAGAGAGGAAGGGAAAAACUAUGAGGACCACCUCUCUAUAAAUGGGACUGUGAGCGCAAAGAAGCCAAAUCCAUUCACAGACCCCUUCUUUAUUGUGGAGACGCUGUGUAUCAUUUGGUUCUCUUUUGAACUGCUGGUGAGAUUUCUCGCGUGUCCUAGCAAGCCCGCCUUCUUCAAAAAUAUCAUGAACACCAUUGACAUAGUUGCAAUUAUGCCCUACUUCAUUACCCUGGGUCUGGAGCUUGCCGAGCACCAAGGAAACGGUCAGCAAGCGAUGUCCCUGGCCAUCCUACGAGUCAUUCGCCUGGUGCGAGUGUUCAGGAUUUUCAAGCUCUCCAGGCACUCCAAGGGUCUCCAAAUCCUUGGGAAGACCCUGCAGGCGAGCAUGCGAGAACUAGGUCUGCUCAUAUUCUUCCUUUUCAUUGGAGUCAUACUGUUUUCGAGCGCGGUGUAUUUCGCGGAGACUGACGACCCCGAAUCGGGGUUCAGCAGCAUCCCCGAUGCGUUUUGGUGGGCGGUGGUGUCCAUGACCACCGUGGGCUAUGGGGACAUGUGCCCAGUCACCAUCGGUGGGAAAAUCGUGGGGUCUUUGUGUGCCAUCGCUGGUGUGCUGACCAUCGCACUACCUGUCCCUGUGAUUGUCUCCAAUUUCAACUAUUUCUACCACAGGGAGACAGAGCAUGAGGAACAGUUCCAGUACACACAUGUAACAUGUGGUCAACAGCAGCCCUCGUUUGGCGAAUUCAAAAAGAGUGACAGCAAGCCUUCACUCUCCAAAUCAGACUACCUGGAGAGUGACGACGCAGAUUCGAUUAAAUACACGAACUGCAGUCCCCAUAAAGCGUACACGGGAAAGCUAACUGAUGUAUGAUUGUAGAAAUACGCAACAGUGGUACCCAGUGAAACGCGCGUCUCUUCUCAGUACAUCCCCAUUCCGCGCUCUGGCCUGAGUAGAUUUUCAAGCUGUUAUUUCCGGCAUCAGUAAUGCAAAGGGAAUUAUUUAUUAGGGAAAUCAUAACAGAGGACUGAAACGUGGUGUGUCAAUUGUUCUUUUUUAUUUCGCAAUGUCUUCCAUUUUACGCAAUCAUCUUUAUCCAAUGCGCGAAGUCUGAUUCAAGCUACAAUUUCUCUCAGCCUCAAAACAACGAGAAAACACACGAUUAUCAACAAACCAAGCCCAACCUCGCGUUGUAGCACUUUAUUAAUGUAAUCUUAGUAAUGUUUAAUUUAUAAAUGACAUGUCAAUUUUGGGAAGAUGUUUACAUAUCAUUUGUCUAUUCGGUGCAGACUGAGAGGACCAAAUUAUCUAAUUAUGUAAAAAAAAAUAGCUUUUAACUAUCUUCAGAGCAUAAAGUGCAAGGUCACAUGGGGGAGUAGAAAUAACGACCAUAUCACUUGAUCACAUCUAAUGAUUAUGACUGUAGGGGCCACAUCAUGAUAUUAGAUGAACCGAAUUGGCACCGUCUCUGCCAUUGUCUUUUAAUAUUGGAAUAUUGGAGUCACUGCUCCAUCAAAACGCAGCUGUCACCAAAACGUGAUCAGCAGUCAACAAGGAAACAUGCCACAGCUACUGUAAUCGUCCUCCAAAUUUAGUUGAUGGCGUUCAGAUUUUUUUAAAUUUUUUUUAGCACCUUGCCUAGGAUUGAUGUCAUUCCCUGGACGACAUGCAAUCUGUUUGUUGUAGUUAUGCUCUGUGGCUGAGGUAUCCUAUCGUUUACAUACAUUAUUGGGUGAUGGCUCUUAAUUUAUUGAAAUCUUACUGUAAUAUUGUUGUGGCAUCAAGCUGGCCCCAGGUACAAGCAAAUACAACUGAAUAGAAAAUCUACCGUUUCUAUUGGGUAUGACUUGGUAAAAGCCCAUGUGUAAAGGAAGAAUGCAUUAGCCUGUUUGCAUAAAAUGCAUGUGAAAAACAGACAGGAAAAAACUUGAUAGAAUGUGCGCCCUGUUUUUUCCCUCCAACAUGACGAUGUUUGAAAUCCAAGUGCGCCUCCAAAUGGUAUAAAGGAGAAAUCGCAGAUUUCAUACACAAAGGUGUUUCUAUAGCAACCUUCCAGACUGUUCUGUAUCCUUCGCCAUCGACGAGACAUUUUGUUGCCUUAAGUUAGGCUACGUGAAGGAAGGUCUUCAUUGUUGGGCUUGUUUAUUGCUUUCGAUUAUGCUGCUUAUGAAACCGACUAAAGAUAAUGUAAACAAGUUCCAUCAGAUUACGAGACAGUUUUUGUUUUUUGGCAGCUAAAUCGCGUCUGCUCUGCUCUGCCCUGCCUCCGUGCUCUGGGCUUGUCAUAGCCUACUCGUUGUCCUAAAUAAUAUUGUUAUCAUAUUCAAUAUUACAGUAUAGGUCUCACUAAAUAAUAAACAAAAUCACAUGGUACAAAUAACGCUUCCCUUGCGUAAAGGGGCUUUUUGAUUGACCUGCACCCAGACAUGAUGUGUUUCAAAUGAUUAAACCACAAUUGCCAGUGCGUGUAAAGGACAACACACAGACACUCACCUUCAGUAACAAUGUGAGCUCAUGAAGAGGAAUCAUACUGCUGAACAUGGCACGGAGUCUUGUGGAGAGCUGUCAGCCUUCCACAUGGUUGGAUUAAGCGGCUGUGCCUGCCAGUGAAAAGGACAGUGAACAGUCACGUCUGGCCAUGGAACAGAAAGAGAGAAAACGUGCAAUUUUUGAAACCCUGUUUUUUCACCUAUGGUGUGGUGGAAUAUCUCCCCAAACACCACUGAGGAAUAUCCUGCAAAACUUUAAGGGGGAUGGAUGGAGGGAGACGCACUCGAACAACCGCCCUUGCCUUCCUGUCACCUCUUCACUGCAGGACUGUACACUCGUUCUCUCUCUCUCUCUCUCUGCCCCUCUCUUUCUCUCUUUUUCUCUCUCUGUCUCACACAACAUGCAGGACUCGGGGCGUGUCAUUUUAAACCAUCGGCGUACUCCGCGUGCCGCAGAUAAAAACAAACAAACAAACACACACACACACACACACACACACAGAAGAUGAACACUCAGAAGUCUAUGCACGCCUUGGUUGUCCCAGACUUCCAUCAUGGGACUCGCGGACACGGAGGCCUCUCUAAACUUCUGCUGAGGAGUAGAGCCCGAACCACAACCCGAAAACAAAACCCCGAAAAAAGAGACAACUCUCAACAGCAAAGAUCUACAGGCUUUUCCCCCCUUUUUAACAAUCAUCCGCCGAUAUCCAGGACAACGUAGGAGGUGACGAGCAAAGAGACAAAAGAAACACAAGCACGGUGGCGGAUCGCAGGGCAGGAACCCAAGGUACCGAGGAUGUUACUUGAAUCACAACACACCAUACAUAUUACAUACAUACACACAUACAUUACAUACGCUGAUUAUGAAACCAU